GAGCGCAGACUUUUAAACCAAGAGCCGUGCUGAACGAUGGCCGUGCGUUAACUUUAGGCAAGGUGUUUGUCUUUGCGCCGCGUGUUUACUAACCAGGGAAGAAGUCCACCUCCUACAUAUCGGGAAACGUGGAAUAAAUCACUCCACUUAGAAAAACAAACAAGCUAUGGCAGCACUGAGCAGUACUACCAUGAAGACUUUGGAGGAUUUGACUCUGGACUCUGGAUAUGGAGCCGGUGAUUCUUACAGGUCCCUCAGCUUGUCCUCCUCCAAGUCCAACUCGCAGGCGCUCAUCAGCUCUCCACAGCGAGGAAACUGGUGGAACUACACGGAUUCCAUGAACAGCAGAAACAACAGCUGGGACACAGUGAACACGGUGCUUCCCGAAGACCCGGAGGACAUCUUCUCCAAAUGUCCGAGGCUACCGGAGUUAGAAGAGUUCCCUUGGACAGAUGAGGAAAUCGAUGUUGUCCUGCGUAAAGUUGCUGGAGAGGGACUGUCUUUCACUCCGGAGAGCGUCAGGAGUCUGUCACUGCUUAUGCGCAGAGCUCUGUUGCGGAUCUCGAGAGAGGCGCAGCGGUUGAGCGUCGUGCACUGCAGGUGCACGCGGUUCGAGGUGCAGAGCGCGAUGAGGCUGGUCAUGAGCUGGGCGCUGGCGGAAAGCUGCGUCUCGGCCGCGGUCAGAGCCAUCUCGCUGUACAGCAUGAGCGCCGGAGAGGUCCUGCGCAAGAGCAAGUCCUCCCGCUGCACACUGAGUCUGUCCGUCGGACGCUUUUUCCGCUGGAUGGUGGACACUCGCAUCUCGGUGCGCAUUCACGAGUACGCGGCCAUCUGUUUGACCGCUUGCGUUGAAAACCUCGUGGAGGAGAUCGGGCUCCGCGUGCUCGCGGCGCAGAGCGGGAUCAGCGCCUCUCCGGUGACCCCCGAGGCGCUGGAGGCUGGCGUCAGCAAUGACGCGGAGAUAUUCGGUCUCGUUCAAAACUAUGAACAUCUCAUCUGCGGGAAGAACGCCAACGGUGAGCUAUCCCUGCCUGCUCAUUUCAGCCCGUAUACUGAGGGUCCGGGCUCAGCGGUGGAGAGCAGACAGAAUGCCUACGCUCAGCUGGAGCUCAGGACGCUGGAGCAGGCCCUGCUGGCCACCUGUGUGGGCAGCCUCUCUGAACUCAGUGACUUGGUUUCACGUGCAAUGCACCAUAUGCAGCGUUUAGUUACAGCAAGUCCCAGUCUUAGUCCUGGACGUCCUUUCUGCCUGCAGCCCAUCUCCUGGUCUCCAGACGCUCUUCACACACUCUAUUACUACCUACGCAGUCCACAGAUGGAGUCACUGGAGAACCCCAACCUUGAGCCACCCAGGAUAGCCCUUAGCAAGGAAAGGCCUUUUCCUCUUCUUCCUCCUCUGAUGGAGUGGAUGCGAGUGGCUAUGGUUCAUGCGGAGCAUCGCCGGAGCCUGUUAGUGGACAGUGAUGAUGUGAGACAGACUGCCCGACAGCUACUUCCUGGACUGGACUGUGAACCUCGACAGCUCAAGCCAGAGUGCUGUUUCACCUCCUUUAAGCGUCUAGAUUCAAAGGCUGCCUCAGACAAGUUUAAUCUGGAUCUUGGCUUCCGCAUGCUCAACUGUGGCCGCACGGAUCUGAUUGGCCAGGCUAUCCAGCUUCUGGGCCCAGAUGGGGUGAACACAAUGGAUGACCAGGGCAUGACUCCUCUGAUGUACGCCUGCUCAGCAGGGGACGAGGCUCUAGUGCACAUGCUCAUUGAUGCUGGCGCUAAUUUGGAUGUAGCGGUGCCCAACUGCUCACCAAAACACCCGUCUGUGCAUCCUGAGAGCCGCAGCUGGGUGGCCCUUACCUUUGCUGUGCUGCAUGGACACAUCUCUGUCGUGCAGCUCCUGUUAGAUGUGGGAGCAGAUGUGGAGGGCACAGCCCUGAGAAACGGCCACCAAAGCUCAGCAGAAACACCCCUACAGCUGGCAUCAGCCGCAGGUAACUAUGAAAUGGUGAGUCUGCUGUUGUCCCGUGGCGCUGACCCAAUGCUGCGGGUGCAUCUGACGUCCUCUCUCUACGAGGGCAUGAACUGCUUCAGUCACGCUGCGGCGCACGGACACAGGAAUGUGUUGAGGAAGCUGUUGAGUCAGCCCCAGCGGCUGCAGGAAGACGUGCUCUCUCUGGAGGAGAUCCUGGCAGAGGGAGUGGAGGAGCAGGAGAAACGGGAAAUGAAGGGUGGAGCAAAUGCAAAAUCUGUCUGCACUCCACGGCUGUGUAAGGCCCGCACCAGAGCCCUGCAGGAAGCCAGCCUUCACAGCGCUGAGCACGGAUAUCUGGACGUCACCAUGGAGCUCAGGGCACUGGGAGUGCCGUGGAAGCUGCACGUAUGGCUGGAGUCGCUGCGCACUGCCCAGCUCCAGUCCAGGACUGAACUCACACUUUCCCUCUUUAAAGACUUCACCGCUAUCGGGGACGAAAAAUACUGCGAGGAGCUGCUCUCUGAGGGUCUUCCGCUCCUCUUCUCCAUUUUUAAGACCAGCAAGAGCAAGGAUAUCCGUGAGCAGCUGGCAGUCAUCUUCAGCCACUGCGUUAGCUCUACAGCCGCCCCGUCUGUUCUGGCAGUAAAGGAGACACCUACAGCUCAGCUGGAUGCGCACUUUCUGAACAACACCGAGAUGUCUGAUGUGAUAUUUGUGGUGGAGGGAAGGCCCUUUUAUGCCCACAGAGUUCUGCUAAUGUCUGCGUCACAGAGGUUCAGAGACUUGCUGAGUCUCUACAGGAGCAAUGGCACGUCAGACCACAUGGCCAUCGAAAUCACUGACAUAAAAUACAGCACGUUCCAGAUGAUGAUGGCACAUCUGUACUGUGGAGGAGUCGAAUGUUUAGACGCGUCUGUGUCUGAUUUGCUGGAGCUUCUUCCCAUGGCCCACUCAUUCCAGCUUCAGGUUUUGAAGAGACACUGUGAAAUCCUCUGCUCGGAGAGAAUAAACCUCAACAAUGCUGUGAACAUCUACCAGAAUUCCAAAGUGUGUGAGGCGGUGGAGCUGGCAGUGUUCUGUGAAGGCUUCUUCCUGCAGAACAUGGUCGAUCUUCUGGACUGUGAGCAGUUUGAGGAGCUACUGCUGGAUCCAGAUGCUCUGGACGGGCUUCAGGCAACGCUGGCCUCGCGGCUACACUCACUUUGUGGCCCGUGUCGAGCUUGAGCCCGUGAGGAAACACAACGGAAAUUACAGACGUGACAGAUGGUUAACUAAGCUCAGAUAUGUAGGCAGGUGUGACGUCCCAUACAAAAACAGUAUUUAGAUGUUUGUUGACCUUCGUAUAUUUAAUAGUUUGAGUCUGUGGAAAUGAUUUAUUGGGAUGUAUGAGCUAUUUAUUAUUAUUUUUUAAAACUUAAAGGGUAACAAUGUAAAAAAUGUUUACUAAAUUGUGUUUUGUUUACAAAUAAUGUACUUAUAUGUUGAUUUAUGAGGUGUUUAAUUAUACCCAGUAUAGAUAGGCUUUUUUUUUUAGUUAUGUUACCAGCUGCUUCAGAGAGGUAGCGCUGUAAACUGCAGUGUUAGCGCCCUCCAGUGGUCAAACGUGUCCUAAACCUGCAUUUAAAUACCAAAAAUGUACAUAACAGUAUUGUAGAUACUUCUGUAUUCUCUCUUCACUUUAAAGUGUAAAUAUAUUUCUAAUAUGCAGCAAGGCAAAGGUUCACGGAUAUUUUGGGAUCAAUAAAAGUAAGUUAUUUGAUAUAACAUUUGUCAUGCUAUAAACGAAUGGCAAGUGUAAUUUUGAAAUGACUAAUAAACAUCAUUUUCAUUA